AUGUCCAAAGAAAUUAUUCUAAUUACUGGCGCUAAUACGGGGAUUGGAAGCCGGUCCAUGUCCAAGGCAGCUGACGCUAUUGCCAAGCUAUUCGAACAUGUUCCGGUCACUCAAAACACAGUGGAGGGCUUACAGAUCGAUAUCGCUGAUGACGAAUCUAUCCAACGAGCGGCGCACAUGAUCGCAAACAAAUGGGGUAGAGUUGAUGUCCUUGUCAAUAAUGCAGGUAUCGCAUUUGAUGUCCUCAUUGGUACUGACACUACCAAUGCCCGUUCGGUCUUCAAUGACACAUACAACAUCAAUGUCUCCGGAACAAAUAUGGUGACUUUUGUUCUGGCAAGCCUUUUACUAAAAUCGACCUCUCCUCGCCUACUGUUUCUUACGUCUGGACUAUCUACAAUGGGCGGAUUUACACAGAGUCACAGACCUGCCUAUAGGUGCAGCAAGGCGGCCAUUAACAUGCUGAUGCUUAUUUGGAAUUUUACGUUGAAGCAAGACGGGGUAAAAACAUGGGCAAUCGCCCCUGGCCUUUUGGCAACGAGCAUGGUGGGUGAUCCUGAGGCUCUGAAGCAACGUGGUGCUCAGCCGCCUUCUUUGGGAGGGGAUUUCAUCAAAAGCGUUAUUGAAGGUGAGCGAGAUGCCGAUGCUGGCAAGGUAAUUGCUCGGGAUGGAGUCAUUCAACCAUGGUAG